UCUGACUGCUGCUGCUGCUGCUGCUCAACACACCGCAGGACAGGCCGGGGAGCAGACAGACUGACAGGCCGCCGAACAAGCUCACAUUAAGCCUUGCUCUGAAUCUCUCCGGUACUUGGGAGCUUUUUUUUUUUGGAGGCAGAGAGGGUGUGUCUGUCUUUUAUUGUCCCACUUUAUCGCUGGAAAACUAACACGACCGGAUUGUUUCUUCUCACUUGGCAUCAUGUCCAGGUCAGACUACCCUCCAGGGUAUAAUGACUCUCACGGCCUGCUGUACCAACCACAGGGCGGGAAUUACCCACCACCUCCUGCCUAUGGCUUCCCCGCCUAUGGUGGUCCGCAGCCAGGCCAGCCGUCUGCUCCCUACCCCACCGCUCCAAACCCCCAUUCCUACCCAGGCCAGCCAGGGGGCUACCCUCCUGGCCCGUACCCAGGACAGCCUCACCCAGCUGGGCCUCCAGGAGCAGGCUACCCCAGUCACCCUCCCAUGCCUCCUGUUAUGCCACCGACCAUGCCGUCAGAUAUCCUGACCUCCGGUGAUGAGUUCGCGGCGAGCGGCAGCGGUUGGGACAGUCUGAGCAUUCGGCACGCCUUCAUCAGAAAGGUGUAUUUGAUUUUGGCGUCUCAGCUCCUCGUCACCACAGCCAUUGUGGCUGUAUUCACGUUUGUCCAACCUGUCAGAUAUUUCGUGCAGCGAAACCAAGCCAUCUACUGGGCGUCAUAUGCUGUGUAUAUCGUCACCCACCUUGUGCUGGUCUGCUGUAAGGGCCCCCGGAGGAAGUUCCCAUGGAACGUCAUUCUGCUGUUCAUCUUUACUCUGGCUUUGUCCUACAUGACUGGAUCCAUAUCCAGUUACUACAACACAAAAGCAGUGUUCCUCGCUCUGGCUAUCACUGCCGUCGUCUGCAUCGCCGUCACCGUCUUCUGCUUCCAGACAAAGGUCGACUUCACUAAGUGCCAGGGCCUCUUCUGUGUGCUGGGGAUCGUGGUGUUUGUGACCGGCAUCAUUACAACCAUCGUGCUCUCCUUCAAAUAUAUUCUGUGGCUUCACAUGCUUUAUGCAGCUUUGGGAGCCAUAGCCUUCACUAUGUUCCUGGCGUACCACACACAGCUGCUGAUAGGGAAUAGGAAGCACUCCAUCAGUCCAGAGGAGUAUGUGUUCGCCGCACUCUCAAUCUACGUCGACAUCAUCCAGAUCUUCCUUUUCCUGCUGCAGAUUAUCGGUGCUUCGACCAAAUAAGUCAAGAAGGGUACAGCUGGGUUUCCACAAAAUCAUUCCGUGCUUUUUUGAAACCUUUUUGCUUGAUUUCAGUCAGAAUCAGAUUAAAUUUAUACAAUCAUGGUGCACAUCAGGGAACAUAUCAAAGGGCUGAAUUUGAGAUUUUGUCAUAGUGUAGGAAGAUUAAUCCUACGCGCAAAAAAUGCACUUUUUCUGAAAUCUGUAUUUGUCUGUAGCUGCAUUAAGCAACUUACAAGUGGUUAGCAAAGCAUAUAAAUACUAUAAUAUAAAUAUCUAUGGACAUUGGAAAGUCCGCCGCAACAUUUAUUCACUCUUGCUGGACUUCAGUUAAGGCCGAAAGUGUUUUUCUCUGCAUGUAAAUACUAAUACUACUACUGCUACACAUGAACUGUUGAAAAUGGGCAAAUAUGUUUAUUCCAAUGUGCAAAGUCAGAUUUGCCAACACUAUCUCUCUUGUUGCCUUUUGAACAAAUCUGUAUGUAACAGACGGGGUGGGCAUCGUCCAAAAAUUUAAUUUCAAUCCGAUAAGUAGUACCAGGGCCCGGAUCACGAUUUCCAUACUGAUAUUGAUUUAUUCAUAUUUAUUUUUAUUAUUUAAAGCAGCUGUACUUUAAUGUUGGGGCAGAAAUGUGUCAUGAUAUAUGACGUGAAUGAAUCAUUAAUAGGCAACUUCUAAAUACUUCUAAAAAAAAUUAGCACAGAAUGAUAGCAAGUAUUUCUUUUUACUAUUCUCUGUAAAUUACUCGAAAGGGGAUAGUCUGACAUUUUGGGAACUACGGUGGCCCUGAGAGUUCAGCGCACUGCAACUUAAGAAAACACAUGCAUAU